UUGGCGUAUCCCCACUAGCUCCUGACCCAUAUUCCCGAGGAUAACGUUGUUUGCAUCGCUCAAUAAGAAUUAAGGGAGACUCUGAUCUGUUUCCGCUGCGCGCAAUCACAGCUCCAGGACCAGCGGGGGAGUUGGUGCGCUCUGGCAGAAAGCAUCCAGCCUCCUCCUCUCUGGGCUCAGUCAGUGUUGCUCUCCAUGCCUCCGAGCCUCAGCUACCGGUCGUCAUUAGCGAAAUCCCUUGCAAUGAAACCACUAUAAUCCAGACUACCGUCUUAUUUUUUUGUUUCACUCUUUACUUACUUCACAUCGGGCGUAAGAAAGAAGAAAACCCACGCGAGAAACACUCUCCAUCUGACUGCAAGUUUUCGUGUGUCUGUCGCACUGGAGGGGAGGAACCGAUGGCAGUCCCGGUGAAAGCAGCGUUAUCUCUCCUGGUUAUCACCGUGACAACUGCCCUGUGUGCAGAGGUGGAGGAGCGGCUGGUGAGUCACCUGUUGUCACCAGACCGCUACAACAAGCUGAUCAGACCAGCUGUCAACAAUAGCCAGCAGGUCACCAUUUACAUCCAGGUGUCUCUGGCCCAGCUGAUCAACGUGAAUGAGAGGGAGCAGAUCAUGACCACCAACUGUUGGCUCAGUCAGGUAUGGACUGACUACAGAUUAAUGUGGGACCCUGAAGAGUACGAGGGAAUCAAGAAAAUCCGUCUCCCGUCACAACACAUCUGGCUGCCGGACAUUGUCCUCUACAAUAAUGCUGACGGGACCUAUGAAGUCUCCUUCUACUGUAAUGCCGUGGUCUCCAACAACGGUGAGGUGGCCUGGCUCCCACCAGCCAUCUACAAGUCGGCCUGCAAAAUUGAAGUCCGUGAUUUCCCUUUUGACCAGCAGAACUGCACCCUCAUGUUUCGCUCCUGGACCUACGACCACACUGAGAUCGAUCUCAUCCUUCUCAGUGAUUUCGCCUCACGUGACGACUUCAAACCCAGCGGGGAGUGGGAUAUUGUUUCACUGCCUGGACGCAAGAAUGAAGACCCUAAUGACAUCAGAUACCUGGAUAUCACCUAUGACUUUAUCAUCAAGAGAAAACCUCUUUUCUACACCAUCAACCUGAUCAUUCCCUGCAUCCUGAUCACUUCGCUGGCUAUUCUGGUGUUCUACCUCCCGUCAGACUGUGGUGAGAAGAUGACUCUCUGUAUCUCUGUCCUCUUGGCCCUGACUGUGUUUUUACUCCUUAUCUCAAAGAUUGUACCACCCACGUCUUUAGCAGUGCCUCUGAUUGGAAAGUACCUGAUGUUCUCAAUGGUGCUGGUCACCUUCUCCAUUGUCACCAGCGUUUGUGUGCUCAACGUGCACCAUCGGUCCCCCAGUACGCACACCAUGCCUCCUUGGGUCAAGCGCAUCUUCCUGUACCAGCUCCCCUCUUACCUCUUUAUGCGGAGACCCGGUAGCUCAAACAUCCGUGAGAAGUUCCGGAAAAGACACAAGCAGCGAUCAUACUCUGACCAGAAGCUGCGUGGAGCCGAGGGAGGGUCUGGAAGUCCUGCAGGAAUGGUAGAUUCCCCCUCAUCUUUCUUUGUGAAUGAGGAGUCUGCCAAACGCUACGGCUGGAGGAUCGGUGACUUGCCAGAGAACACGGAGUUCAGGAAGAGGAUGACGCUCAAGUGCAACAUUGAUGUGGAGGAUGCUGUGGAUGGUGUGCGCUACAUUGCUGAGAAGAUGAAAAGCGAGGAUGAUGAUGAAGGGAUCAUUGAAGACUGGAAGUACGUGGCCAUGGUGAUCGACCGUCUCUUCCUGUGGAUCUUUGUGUUUGUGUGUGUGGUCGGAACACUGGGCCUCUUCAUGCAGCCUCUGUUCCAGAAUUACAACACUCCCAUUGAUGAGAUAGACCAUAACUGAAAGCUGAAACAUCAUCAUGAACUUUGAGUGCCCCCUUAGAAACAGAGCUCUGACAACAUUUUAACACACAAACUCACAUGUCCGCCUUGCACCACACGCUCACUGGGACAUUAUAAUGAUGCACUUUAGCCCUCUUCCACAACCUGCUCCCUUCAUUACUUCCACUCCUUGUCCCCUUCAUCCUCCAUGAGCCCUCCUCUGCUCCACUCAUCUUUAAUCAAUGGAUAACUCUGGUUUAUAACACCUUGGGUCAUAUUUUCAUAGUGUGGCCAUCAUUCAAUACAUGGAGAUCGUACUGUAACUGGAGAUCUGGGAACGUGGACGCAACACGGUAUAUGUGCCCCUACCACUUGUUUACCAGAAAACCUGCAAACCCCUGGGUUAGCCAAACUUAUUUGAAUGAGAAGCAAAGGAGGCAAACAGUAAAUGUAUAACCUUAAAAGUCUGUUGUACCAGCAAUCACAGUUGAUUGACUUCCUGUUUCAACUUUGGCCUAGCUUAC